AUUAAUAAGAUUUUUGUAAAUAAUAUUUAACAAAAGUCAACAGGUAAAUAAACCAAAUUUGUCUUUUAACUUUGUUACUUUUUUGUUUCGUGACAUCUGGACAACCCUGUGCAAGGGCAGAAACAAGGACGAUAAAACAAUGACGGUGAAAAGUCUGCUAUCUCUUUUGUUGUUCCUGUAUGGUUGACAAAUACAGGUGGGUUUGUAAACAUUUUGGUCAACCUAGAAAAAGAGAUGGUGUGACUGGAAAAAGAAAUCACCAAUCAGUACUUCCUUGUGGCUGUCAGGUGGCAUUGUAUAUUGCAUACAAUCCUGCAUUACCUGGAUAUAUGGUGCGCAACAUCAAUCUUGAACAUAACCAUCCAAUUGGUGCUGAAGAAUUUCAACUCUACUCAACAUCUAGAAAACCUACAAAGAAAAUUCUUGAAGAAACUGAGGUUCUUCUUCAUCACGGCGCAAAUCCAACUCUUGUUGCCAACUACUUGUUAGAUAAAAAAUUAAUGGUAAAGCAGAAAGAUAUAUAUAAUAUAAAGCAGAAAAUGAAGUUUCGAGGUUCUGCUGUUGAUGAAAUCAGAAAUGUUUUGACUGGUACGAAACAUAACAUACAUGCUAAUAUGGAAGGAUACAUUGAGGCUAUUACUUGGUCCACUCCAGAACAACAGAGCAUUUUGCAUAAGUUUCCGGAAGUUGUUAUGAUGGAUGGUACAUACAAAGUCAACAAUAUGGCAAUGCCAUUGUACACCCUUGCAAUUGUGGACUGCAAUGGAAUAGGUCAGCCAGUAAUGCAUAGUCUUGUUGAUAGAGAAGAUCAGAUUCAUUUAGAGAUGAUCCUAGAAGAUAUUCGGUGUUGGACAGGUGAUCUACUAAAGGCUGCUACGUUUGUUAUUGAUAAAGAUUAUGCUGAAAUCUCUGCUAUAAAAACUGUUUUUCCAAAAAGCAGAAUUCUUCUUUGUCGUUUUCAUAUAGUGAAAGCAUUUGUUCUGGAACUUAAGAAGUUGCCAGUGUCUGAAAGCGAGCAAGAUUUAAUUUAUGAGAAAAUUCAAAGCAUGGUAUACGGUAACCAAGCACAAUGUGAAGAUGCAAUAAACUUUGUUAAAAAUGCUUUUCCCAAUUUUUAUGCUUAUCUGGAACGAAACUGGUUAUCAAUUGGGGAGAUGUUUUUUGGGUAUCAACGAAAUGGAGUAAUGCACCUUAACAACCACACAAAUAACAGAUUAGAAAGAUAUCACCGAUCGUUAAAAGCUGUUACUGCUACUUCUAGAAUAAGCCCAGGAAUUCUGAUAGAAAAGUUGAUUUCUUUGGAUAGAGUAAUAUACUCAAAAAUAAUGCACUCUGAUUUUGAUCAGCGUCUCAAAACUAGAAAAGAUGUUCCGGAUGCUCUAAAAGAGUAUUCUGAUAAAGUGUCAUCUUUUUGUUUGAAUUUAAUUGUUGAACAAUAUUUUCUAAUGAAAAAAAAUGAAUAUGAUGUAAAAGAGGAUUUGGAAAAUAGGUUUCUUGUCAAAAACACCCAUAGCGAGUAUAAUGUUUUUAAAAAUGCUUGUAAUUGCGGGUUUUCAACUGGAUUUGGACUUCUGUGUCGACAUAUCAUGUGUGUGCUGCAGUUUUUGCAAAAAUCUAUAUUUGACUUGGAACUUGUAAAUAAAAGGUUACUAAUUCACAAGUAAUUUUAUACCAUAGUA